AUGCCUCAUGGACAUUCGACUAAUGAAAGUCUUAUAAGGCUUGUUGCAGUUGGUUUAAAGGAAGCAUCUACGGAUUCCCCAUGUUUCCGGGCAUCAAUUAGAUAUGUGGACUCGGCUAUUUCCGUUUUCACUCACAGUUUGAGGGAAAUGGCGGACUUAUUGCAGAGAUACACCGAGAUAAGCAAUGAGAUACAAAGUCUUGAAGAGGACUUCAACAUCUUGUUCGAUCCAAUCACGAAAAGCGAUUUUUCCAAUGAGCUGGUGAACAAGGAUAUUGCCGUACAUUGUAUAGAAAGCACGGCAACCGGCACUAACGUGACUUUGAGGUUGGCAAGAAGUGUUCUGUAUGUCGAUCCGGAAAUUUUCAACAAGCUCCAACUUUUCCUUGAAACCGACAUUCCACAGUAUUUGUCACUUCGUGAGCAGUUCCAGACAAUUCAGCAGAAAUAUGACACGCUUCGAGGUAACUAUUUAGAUCUUCCAAAGGCUAAUGACCUGGUCAAAAGUAGAGAAGAUGCGUUGCAAUUGUAUGAAAUCAGGAAGCAGUACAUUCACGUUUCAUUGACUCUAUGGACCACGAUUAAGCGGUUAGAGAUUCAUCUGUCAUCACUUUUGGUUGAGGUUUGUGGAUCUUUAUGGCCGUCUGCUCCCGGAAUGUCGGGAGUUGCAAAAAAUAGUGCAUUUCCCGGAUUAUCUGCAGCGUACAACUCGAUGGUUCGUCUUAAAGAAUGCUUUUUAAUUCAGGCGGCCAGCUUCAAGAAGCUUCUUUCAGAUCUCUCGAAAGUCAAGGCAGCAACUGAAAAGGGUGUUACCGAUUUAUUUUCACCAUCAACAGAACUUUCUGACUAUGAUGCAGCCGCUUUAAACAGGAAAACUGCUUUUUACGACAAAGGCAGCAAGGAAGCGCAGCAGCUCGAAAAGCAUGGCUGGGUAUUUAUGAAAGCCACUUUUCUCAACACACACAGACCCAUAUGGAUCCAGAGAUGGCUUUUUGUCAAAGGUGAUGUGUUUGGAUUCCUUAGUGUUAGUGCUAAUGGCCAGUAUGUAGAGCAAUCUGACUGCUUUGGUGUUUCACUAGCGGAUGUGGAGUAUUUUCCCGAUGAGGAUAGAAAAUUCUGCUUUGAGAUCAUGACCCAGCAGUUCAAAUUAGUCCUCCAGGUGGAAACUCUGGCCGAAUUGAAGAGCUGGCUUACAGUUUUCCGGACUGUUAAGGAUAAGGCGCUUAAAACUUCGUCAAAAUAUGCUUCGGCUCGCUAUGAAUGCUUGAUUGACAGAUUUAUGCUUACUCCUGUAGUUGAGGAGGACUAUAAUCUCGUCUCAACACAUUCUAACAACCCACAGAGAGAAAAGUUCAACACUUUGAUCAAUUCUCACCUUUCACGUGUCUAUCCUGGUUUGUCGAUCAACCCACCAAUUGUCACUCAGACAACCACGCUUUCAGUUCUUUCUCAUCUUUAUCUUUCUUCAGGGGACAUUCCGGGUGCUCCAACAGCCAACUUUUGGGGUUUUGUCAACUGGGGACUCUACUAUGUGAUUAAUACUUCUGUCAAACCUAUUUCUAACGAUGUAUCACAAUUGUGCUCUCCAGAACCGGAAUUUGUGCUCCGGUAUCCGAAAUCGUACCCAGAUGCCCUAAAAUUGGCAGAUGCAGAGUUGAGAGCACUCUUUGAAGGUCAUAUAAAGCCAGAUGAGUUGACUUUGAUCCACUUCAAGUGCUCGUGGUCCCCAAAUGUGUCACAGGAGCUUUUUUGCAAUGUAUACAUCACAAGUGACGCUUUUUACAUUUACACAAAUAACUGCGGUUUGAUAUCGGUGUUACCAAUCUCGUUUACAAACUUCCUACACUGCAAAGCGAUCCGGAAAAGCCACUAUGACCUCAUCAGAAUAUAUCUUGUCAGUGGGCUUUCGAUUAAGAUGAGAAUGUUUAUAGGAUCGGCGGAGGAAAUAUGCAAGAAGAUCAACUUUGUGUUAGUGCAAAGAAGAUGUGCAGAAAACAAGGACAAGGAUGUGAUGGAUAUGAAUUCAGAGCUUCUUAAUGGAGUUAGGAAGAUUGCCGAAUCAUACUCACAGGUCUCAAGAUUAUCUCUAGCAAGGAUUGCAAAACAUAAAACUGAAAAUGGGACUACUGUCAACGGCAUUUCCUUAAAAGAUGCUGCAGAUACAAGCGCAGAUAUCGGAAUAAGUACGGUUGUUUCUCCCGGGCAGGAUAGAGGUAAGAAUGGUGAGAAAAGUUUAGGAGACGAGUAUCGGCCCUCUAGUUCGAACUAUGAGCUAUUGUGGCAGAAAGAUUUCCCGCUUCCGGCAAAAGCACUAUUUCAUAUUCUUCUUGGAGACAAGUCGUCGAGUCUUGAGAGUUUGUUAUCACUAUCACAUCCGGUCAAAAAGUAUACCAGCAUGCAAUACACACCUUGGAGAUGUGAUUCCAGACAGGUACUAACCAGAAUAGUUUGGGCUCCCAAAGGUGAUCUGAUGGGUACUUUGCAGCGGGUAGAAAAGAUGGCGAACAAUGAUUACUAUCUUUUUACUCAAACGAGUCCAAAGUUGCGAAUUAUGUUUGGAAUCUUGAGAAGAAUCCUGCUGCGGAUCGAAAUAACAGGUCACGGGUCUCAUAACUGCACUGUGGCCGUUUACUACAAUUUGGAAAGACGCAACAAGAAGGUUGGAUACUUUGUGGGCCUUUUGUUGAGGCGGGUGUUGCUUUAUCGUGUUGAGGAGUUCUGCAAAAGAGUUUCAAACUUUGCAGACUCGAUCUCAGGUGACUCGCAUAAAAUUGCAUCUUCUAUAAGGAAGUUUGGUGUGAUAACCAAGUACGAUAGUGAUAAAAAGUCAAAAGAGGAGAUAUUAUUCAACAAGCAGGUCAAAUACAUCAGCUUCAAGUUGUUUUGUGCUUACUACUUGGAGCGUGUAAGUUUCAAGGCAAGGCAAGCUAUUUGUGGUCUUGCCCAUAUCAUUUUCUCCUUUUUUGCGUUUGUUUCCGGCAUUCUUAAGGUGGAGCGUUUCUGGAUAAUGUUGCUUGGAAUUUCCCUACUGUUUAACCUAUUUCUAAUCGGGAAGACUGGAUUUUCAUACUGGCAGGAGAGAGACAUCCAGAAAUACAUGGAGUCUUUGACAAAUGAGCCAUCCUACAUUCAGCGUGCCAUUUCUCUUUCAGAGAUGAACGAAAUCAUUGAUGCACCAACAACGGAAAUGUCAUACAAUGCGAAUGAGUCGCUCUGCUUUUCACAGUUUGCGAAGAUGGCAACAACAGCCCCAACAUUCGAGAUGGGCCACCAAAAAAGUGAAACUUUGCCUGUUUCUACAAAUCUCUUCGAAUUACGAGUCAGAAGAAACGAUCUUUUGACUGAGAUCAAGGCGCUAAAUGACUUGGAGCAGAGCUAUAUACACAAGCAAUGGAGAAACUGGGUGCUCAAGGAGACCACGUAUUGUGAGCAAAUCAAAAAUAGCAUUCCUACAAAGUACGAUGAGCAAAUUCGGGUUUACUGCGAGUCCGUUGACAAGGAAAGGACACAUAUGUCGCCGAACCUACUCUGA